AGGACUUAAUACCGGAAAUGGACGGGGAAAACUUCCUAUUUGGAAACCCCAAGCUUAUCUGUGGAGCUGUUGCAUCGGGUUUGCUCUUAAAAAAACGUAUUGGAGUUUACGGACGAGUAAACAUGAUUAAAGCUAUAUUAAUAUUUAACAAUCAUGGAAAGCCGCGGCUCAUCAGAUUCUAUCAAUAUUUCGCAGAGGACAUGCAGCAGCAGAUCAUCCGGGAGACUUUCCAUUUGGUGUCAAAGCGAGAUGAUAACGUUUGUAACUUCUUGGAGGGAGGAAGUCUUAUCGGCGGCUCCGACUACAAGCUGAUCUACCGCCACUACGCCACACUCUACUUUGUCUUCUGCGUGGACUCGUCCGAGAGCGAGCUUGGCAUCUUGGACCUCAUCCAGGUGUUUGUCGAAACGCUGGAUAAAUGCUUUGAGAACGUUUGUGAACUGGACCUCAUAUUCCACAUGGACAAGGUCCACUACAUCCUGCAGGAAGUGGUCAUGGGUGGCAUGGUGCUGGAGACAAACAUGAAUGAGAUCGUGGCUCAGGUGGAGCUGCAGAACCGCAUGGAAAAGUCAGAGGGGGGUCUGUCUGCAGCACCUGCGCGCGCCGUCUCCGCCGUGAAGAACAUGAACCUGCCCGAGAUUCCGCGCAACAUCAACAUUGGAGACAUCAACAUCAAAGUGCCCAGCCUUUCCCCGUUCUGAAUACAGCUCGGCAGGGGGCGGGCGGGAUCCAGUGGCCCCGCCCUCGCUAGGCAGUCAACUUGAACUCUCCUGACCACGGCGGCGUUCACGACCGCUCACUCCAGCCACUCUUGUGUGUGCUGGGUUAAAGCUGUGAGUUGUUUGAGUGUUGUUGUUUUAUUUCUGGCCUUGUGUCCUAGUUCAAUUUGCACAAUAUGGUCAGUGUUUGUUCCUGAAAGAGUGGUAGGUAACCUACGGCAAGUGGAACAUAUCUGCUGCCGUGCGAAUUCGAAAAACGUUUUCGAAUUUUGUGUUUUAUGACCAGUCAACAAAGUUCACCGCCAUGCUAUGCUCACACACAGUGGCGAAAGUUUUUGAGAGCAAUCGGAAAUAAUCAGUAGUAUGAUUUGGCCUUCGAAGACACCAUAAAUUGGCCAAAGUAACACAAAAAUAGCCGCUUCAAACCAAACAUGGCAGCCUUCUUUUCAGAGUAUGGGUUCUUGAGACUGAGGUUUUCAAAAUUUGUGUUAUACACAAUACUUGCCCCAUCUUGUGGCACAGAGUGGAAUUACACUCUAAAAGUAAAGAAGAAUUGUAUGUGGAGCAAAAAAUAAAAAUCGGUGAAAUAGCGGCACCACAAACCCAGAAGCGCCGAUGAAUUGAGGGUUACUUAAUAUUUAGUAGCAAUCACAGAAAAUCAAGGUCAACCUCAGUCGAAUUUAUGUGGUUAAAAUUUGUCAUCAGACAAACUCGAGGGCAGGUUUUCUUUUGAUUGACCCUUGGAAAUAAUGCAAAAAAAUUGCUGGCCGUAAUUAUGCUGUAAUGGCUGCUUCAAAUCACAAUGGCAGACUUCCUGUGACUUUUCUGGCACUAAACGGCAUGGACAAAAGAAAACAAAAACGUCCCAAUUUAAUAUGGCCUGUCCUUCUAGUAUGCCUGUGACUGAUUGGCGCUUAUUUGUAGUUCAUCAAAGCACAAGCCCUCGAAUCUGUUUCAAAAUUGUAUCAUUAAACCAAAAUGUCUUGACUUGCUGUUGAGUUCCUGCUGUGCGUUCCUGAGGCUUUUAGUGCAUCCUGUUAUGAUAGAACACAAUGUAAUGUCGAGGGAUGAAACUGGUGUCGGGGCGCUGAAUUUAUUUCAUAUUUCCGAGGGUGUGCUACCGAGUGAGUUCAGAGGGUUCUGCUGUUCUUUUCAAUAAGUUCAUGUCACCCCUGAUAGGAAAAACUUUGGCAGAAAGCAUCAGGUGAAUGUGAAUAUUUAUGCAUGUUUAAUAUUUUAUGACUUGGCUGACAAGCAUAUUUUCCCUUCUUCAACUCGACGCUCAUUACUGGUCUUGAUUUUGAAAAUUCCCAAGCUCCAAAUCCACCCCCUACCGUAACACGAUCCCUUUGGCUCCCGUACAGCCUGGAACGAGUCUUCUUCCAUCGCGGCGUCCAAACGUCUGCCUGUCCUCGGCGGACCAUCGUCACGAUCCAUUACUCCCGCUCUUUUGCACUAAUAUUAAUCUCGACGACAUAUGCUUGGGGUUCACGAGUCACAUGAUUCCCGCCCCCUCCCGACUCCCCACCCCCUCCCUCUGAACAUAUCAUGGAAGGCAGUCAAGUGACACGAGUCUCCAAUGCGGUUAAGCAAGAAGGAUGCACUCCACUGUUUUUUUUUGUGUUUUUUUUAGGGGACCGUUUCAGUGUCUCUAAACUUCUUGCAGGGCCAUAAAAAUGCUGAAGACACACUAGGAUUUUUUUUUUUUUUUUUUAUCAUCUUCCGACCUCUAGGGUCCAAAAGCUACUGUACUUCCACACAUAAAAUUAUGGCUCAUUAGCACAAAAAUGUAGCCCCCAAACCCUGUUCCACUUUGCAUCAUGAAAUUCAAGUGGUAUGUUCAUCACAAAAAAAAAAAAAA